UUCAUACAGUUGUGGACCUGAACAUUCUUGCCUAAUCAAGCCCACUGGAAAAAGAAAGGUUGUGAAGGUAAGGAUUCUUAAGAAUAACAGACGUCAAGAAUCAAGAGGAAUUUGUCAAUUCAUUCUGCAUUUAUCCGCCUAAGUGGAUAUCGAUCGUUCAGACGUUUGCGGUGAAGAACAUGUUUCUUCUGUCGCCCACAUCGCUCCUCUUCAUUUGCGUGUUUACCUGGACUUAUUACUCUGGUUCCUCAUUUACAGAUGAUCCUACAGGUGUCACAACACCUUUGGAUCCCGACAUUACCACAGCUAUAUCAGUUCAUAUAGGUUGUGGUUCUUUGCGAAAUAACUCACUGCAAAGCCCUGGAUACCCAAAUAGUUACCCAAGAUAUAUGGAUUGUGUAUAUCAAGUUAACAUUACACAAGGAAUGGCUAUGAAGAUAUCUUUCGAUGAUUUUGAGUUGCAGGAAGAUUCUGCUUGCAGUUAUGACUAUGUAGAAAUUUCCAGUCAGGACAACUUCAGAUUUGGUAAAUACUGUGGAGAGGAUAGUGGGACAACAAUUGAAGUAACUGGAGACUACGCCGUGAUAAGAUUUCAUUCAGACUCAAACGUUCAGAAAAGAGGAUUCUCCUUAUUGUUCACUAGCGUUUUGCCAAGUCCACCAGACAUAUCGGUGCCAGAUGUUGUGCGAGUCUUUGCAGGCGAAAAGGUGACUUGUUCAGUGACAGGAAGCUUUCCUAUAUAUACAACGAUACUGAAAAACUCAACAGUGUUGGUAAACACAACGAGCAUGGCAACUAUUCAACUCCACAAGGAUGGAAACUACACCUGUGUUGCUACUAGCAAGUAUGGAACUGAUGUGCAGAUGUUCUCUGUGAUACUUUUUGAUUGUGGUUCCUUAAAAAAUAACUCUCUGCAAAGCCCAGGAUAUCCAAAUGGGUAUCAGAGCAAUCUGGAUUGUGUAUGGCAGAUCACCAUUCCUCAUGGCAUGGCUAUGUGGAUUCAUUUCCAUGAUUUUGAGCUGGAGGGCGAUUUAUGUUGGUACGACUAUGUAGAAAUUUCCAACGAGAAUAACUUCAAAUUUGGCAAAUACUGUGGAAAGCAGACUGGAAAAACAGUUGAAAUAACUGGAGACUACGCCGUCAUAAAAUUCCAUUCAGACUCAGCUGAUCAGGAAAGGGGAUUUUCCUUGCUCUUCACUGCCAUUUCACCAAGUCCUCCAAUCAUAUCGAUGCCAGCUGUUGAGCGUGCCUUUGUGAGCGAAGAAAUGACGUGUUCAGCGACAGGAAGUCCUCCUAUAUACACAGCAAUAUUGAAGGAAUCUACAGUAUUGAUUAAUAUUACAACCUCAGCCACUGUUCGAUUCCGUGAAGAAGGGAACUACUCCUGUGUGGCCACCAGCAAGUUUGGGACUGAUGUGUGGAAGGUUAGAGUGAUAAUUCCAGGUUGUGGGUCCUUGAGAAACAGCUCAUUACAGAGUCCUGAAUAUCCAAAUUCGUACCCAAGGAAUAUGGAUUGUUUAUAUCAGGUUAACAUUCCUUACGGCAUGACUAUGAAAAUUUAUUUCGAAGAUUUUGCACUGGAGGAAGCGUCCUUAUGCAGGGAUGACUAUGUUGAAAUUUCCAAUCAGAAUAACUUCACAUUUGGUAAAUACUGUGGAAUACAGACUGGUAGAACAGUUGAAGUAUCAGGAGACUACGCUGUGAUAACUUUCCAUUCAGACUUUUAUGGUCAGACAAGAGGAUUUUCCCUGCUGUUUACUGCUGUAUUACCAAGUCCUCCGAUCAUAGCGAUGCCAGCUCUUGUGCGAGCCUUUCCAGGCAACGAGGUGAUAUGUUCAGUAACGGGAAGCCCUCCCAUAUACACAGUGAUUCUAAACGACUCGAUCGUUUUGGUAAACACGACAAACACAGCAUCUGUUAAGUUCUUUAAGGAAGGAAACUACUCUUGUAUGGCGACCAGCAAGUAUGGAUCUGACUUUACAGUCUUCACUGUUCUUGAUUGCAGACCCACCUGCUCUUUCGGAUUGAGAUUUUAUGGCUGGACGCUUUCCUGUACCAACGCGACACCUUCAUAUCUUAAGGAAUGCCUUCCAGGGAAAACUGAAAACCUGGAUUUAUCCUCAAACGCGAUCAAAUCUCUUCCAGAUGGGUUGUUUGCUGAGGUGAUCGGGUUGAAGAACCUGGAUUUAUCCUCAAACGCGAUCAAAUCUCUUCCAGAUGGGUUGUUUGCUGAGGUGAUCGGGUUGAAGAACCUAGAUUUGUCUUCAAACGCUCUUGCCUCUCUACCAGAGACAGUGUUUUCUAACCUAACCAGCCUUCAAAUUCUGGAUUUAUCUUCAAACGCUAUCGCCUUUCUUCCAGGAGAACUGUUUGCUAACCUGACAAGGCUGCGGCAUCUAGAUUUGUCUUCAAACACUAUUAGCUUCCUACCAGAGACAGUGUUUGCCAACCUAACCAGUCUUCACACUCUGCAUUUAUCUUCAAACAGCAUCGCCUCUCUUCCGAGUACAUUAUUUUCCAAGCUAGCCUUGCUGGAGAGCUUGGAUAUAUCUUCAAACAUCAUCAGCACUCUUCCAGAAGGAUUGUUUGCUAAGUUGACCCGGCUGGAGAAACUGGAUUUACAUUUUAACAUGAUCCACUCCCUGCCAGAGGGAAUUUUUCCCAAGCUGAACUUGAUAAAAUACCUGGAUCUAUCUUUAAACACCAUCAGCUUUCUUCCAGAAGGAUGUUUUACCAAGCUGACCAUGCUGCGGUAUCUAUAUUUACCUUCAAACGCUAUUACCUUUAUUCCAGAGGGAAUCUUUCCCAAGCUGAACUGGCUGAUCAGACUGGAUUUAUCUUCAAACGCCAUCACCAUUCUUCCAGAAGGAUCGUUUGACAAGCAGACUGAGCUCUCUUACCUGUAUUUAUCCUCAAACGGUAUCACGUCUCUUCCGGAAGGACUGUUCACCAAGAUGAUCAGACUGAAUGAACUGCAUUUAUCUAGAAACGCCCUCACCUCUCUUCCCCGACGAUUGUUCGUCACGCAGACCAGGCUAUUGGACUUGGAUUUAUCUGAUAAUGCCAUAACCUCUCUUCCAGAAGGACUCUUUGCCACUCAGACCUGGCUGUGGCACCUAUUCCUCGAUAGAAACAAUUUACAGCGUAUUCCUCGACGAGCCUUCUAUGCCAUGAAAUACAUAAGUAUAAUAGCACUAUCCGAUAAUCCUAUACAGGCAAUUGAGUCGGAGGCAUUUAAUUUCUACAGCUCUGCUACCUCUCGAUUAUUUCUUUUGCGAACGAACUUGAAGACAUUUAAAUCGGACUCCUUUGCCAAUCUCAACGUCGACGGUUUUAAGCUCUAUUCGUGGGGAAAAACUCCUCGGUAUAUAGCAUACUACCAUGAAAACAAGACUAUGCUCGAAGUAUAUCUGAAUCCCACUGAAUCACACAGAGGAGUUCUUAAGUUUACUUCUAGUUAUUUUAGCAUCGCUCGCCUGCAAAGUGCCAUGUUAUGGAUGGGAUUUACACACACUGUCGAUCAUUUUACCCGCCAAAAUCUAUUUCGACCGUGUCCACUAGGAACGUUUUCAGCGGGAUAUGGGAAGUGUUUUCGAUGCCCUCCAGGUGGAUUUUACUCUGAUACCCUUGCUUACGUUGCGAAAGGCUGCAAGAAGUGUCCAAAUGGGUCUUACGUUCCAUUCGAUAAGACACCUGGAAAAUCAAUUCUGGAUUGCAAGGCGUGCCCUUUAGGAACUGAAAGUGACUUUUUUGCUGGACAUCGUGCUUGUCCGUGUUUGGAAGGAUUUUAUCGAACCCAUCGAUUCGCUGAAUGUCGUAAAUGUGGCAACGGAGGACUGUUAUGCCAAGAUGACUAUGCGUCCUUAAAAUCGGGAUUUUGGUGGCAGUGGCGGAACGAGUCAUUAAAGCAUCACUACCAGAAUUUCAUACAAAAUCUUUUGUCGCCUUCUCCCAGGUUAGAUAACUCUUCCGUGCAAUACCCUUAUGCGAUCCCAAUACCUUACAGGUGCCAGGAAGAGGAAUCUUGCAAAGGUGGCUUGGACUCACCAUGUGGAAAAGGGUACGAAGGACCACUUUGUGCAGUUUGUAGUUCAGGAUAUCAUAAGCAACUGCGGUCCUGUGCAAAAUGUCCCUCUAAGGCGUGGAUUGCGGCACAGCUGUCAGUUAUCGUGGUGCUUUUAUUUCUGCUACUUGUUUUUCUGAUGUGGAAGAGAACAACCAAAUUGGAAAAGGAUCAUGGUCACCAUCUCAUAAACAUGUUCUUUUCUAGGCUCAAAAUACUUAUUGGUUUCUAUCAGGUUACUCACGGCUUACUAGAAGUUUUUUCGUUCAUUGAUUGGCCGGAUUCAUUGCAAGUGGUCGCCACACACUCUGGAAUACUCCAGUUGAAUCUGCUUCAGAUCGCACCCGUCCACUGUCUAUUCUCGGGGUUACAAGUAAAUGUCUUUGGAGAAUUGUUCGUGUUACUAGCAUUGAAUUUGACUGUCACUAUUGCCUUAGGAACGAGUUACGUUAUCUAUAAGACAAUCGUCACGAAAAAACAUAGUCUUAAAGACGAGGAAAAGUCGGAAAAAAUCUCCCAAACAAAACAGCUGGUUUACAAAAAUCUGUUUUUCUUUUUGUAUGCGACAUAUCUGAGUACAGUUUCCAAAACAGCCAGCGUUCUUCCACUUGCUUGCCGAAAACUCUGCAGGGAUGGCAGGGAGGAGACGUGUAAAGUAUACGCUAAGGCAGAUUACAGCAUACAAUGCCAAGGAUCCUCAUUUAACCAUUGGCUGAUCUUGGCGUACUUUUCGACCGCCUACAUCUUUGCCUUGCCUGUCGCCUCGCUGAUAGUACUUUGGAGGCAAAGAAGAGUGAUAUCAUCCAACACAGACAGUAGUAAGGAUUCUGGCACGGAAGUGAUUGAAGGGUUGAGAUUCCUUUUUCAAAAUUAUAAGCCCACCUCGUGGUACUGGGAACUAGUCGAAAUGUCUCGUAAAGUUGUUCUUACGUCUGCUCUUAUACUUGUGGGAGAAGAGAGCAGGUCUUAUAUUGGUUUAGCAUGGGUGGUUGCUGGUAUGUAUGGAGUGCUCUUCUCCUGGAUAAAACCCAUACAACUCGCUUCAGAAAACAGACUCAUGUCGACUUCCCUUGCUGUCACUGUUGUAAAUUUGGGAAUUGGUGCGGUAAGCAGAAUCCCAGCAGAGAAUACAUCAACCCUAACAGAAAAACAUAAAGACGAAAUAGUGAUGACGAUGUUAGUACUUUGUGCAAAUACAAUGGUGAUUGCACAAAUUGUUGUUCAAUACUUGAUGUUUUUCUACGAGUUCUUCAAGAGGUGGCGUAAGAACCCACAUUGGUCAUUUUCUUGCUGUCUGGCUUUACUCAUUCCAUUAAAUGACCUGCAAGGAGAAAUCCAAGAAAUGGCCGGUAAUAACUUGAUGAAAACCCAGCUUGACACGGGGAUCUUAGAGAAACCGUCCAUUGCUGACUCUGCACAAGACAGUGAAGCUUUGACCUUUAGCCUUUGUGAGGAUGAUGUCGAAAAUAAAAAUAAGAUGAAUGUGAAAUUUCACAAGGGAGAGAAAGAAAAUAUCAAAGACAACCAUAACCGCAGCCAUCAAUGCACGCAAACGGUGGUCUCAUCUUUCGCUUAGACGGCAGUGCAUGGAUCAAUAAGAGACAACCUUGCAAUAGAUAAGCGUAAGCCUCUCGAACAUCAGAAGCUUACCAAAUGAAACAGAAUGCAACGUACCAAAAAAGCAGAAGACAUGCGUGACUAAUAAGGCAGAGAAUAUUGCAAUAGCGAACCCAUGGGAAGACUUGAGGAAUAAAGACGAUAGAAAGGAAGAAGAAUGAAGAAUAAUUCUAUUAACUGUGAAGCAAUUAGCUGACGGUUUGUCGUCACGUAAAUCUUAAUGCAUAUUCAGAUAAUCUUAAAAGUAGUGAUGGUUAUCUUGUAGACCAAUAGUAUCAUGUUCACGUAUCAAGCAAAGAUUCCAAAUCGACUUCAUUAUAGUAAAUGCUGAAAUAUAUUUACAAUACAGUGUACAAUUGCUUUUCAUAAAAUGCGAUACCUGCAUCACAGAAUUUAGUCCAUUUUAAUGUCUGGAGUUUUAUGAAUAUUGCUAUAUAGUAACUGAUAUAUGUAAGCCCCACUAAACAAUGCUACUGCAGUACUGUAAUAAUUAAUAGCCCUCUGCAGCGCACCUUACUACAGUCACGAAGAUGGUAAUUAGCCCAACAGAAGUUUCGUAUCUAUCGAGCAUAAAAAAUUUUCGUUAAGUAUUUUGCCUUCUUCGUAUUCAAAUAUAGAGUUAGGGAGCAGAUAAAUACACGUUGCUUAGCAUUCAUUGAGCAUGAAAACUGAGCCACUUUAACAACCAUGGUCACAUUUGACAAAUCAUCUUUACCCCUUUUUAUAGAGUGAAGUAACUGCAAAAAGACGUGCUGCCAUGUUCCAAAGACGCCACUUGAGCCUUUUCAGCACAUGGCCCCGUAAUGAGUACUAGCUGCUGAGCUUCCCGCACGACUAAACUUUUCCACUCUCCUAUUUAUUUCUAUUGGGAAUAAAAUUAAGGGGCUGGUUUU